GACGACAAGUGACAGCCGUAUGAAUUGGUCUUAACAUGAGUAAGGACAGUGAAAAAUAGGUUAACUUCCCUAGCGAACGACGAGACUGUCAGAACCUUUUUCCAGAGAAACUUGACUGUGGCGUGAUGGUCCAUUGACGACAUGUGCGAAUACCGUCUUUUGAAAUGAAUUGUCGAAUGUCUUGGCGUGAAGUGGCAUGAUGUGACCAUCGAUCUAAAUUAUACUACUUAAGUACAGUUGUUUAUAGUUAGACAAAGAUGAAGGGAUUUGCGCAGGAUAGACUAGCGUGCAUAAUUUCUUCAAGUCAACCUUAGAGCUGAUGACAAUAAAAGCAAAGCCGCUUCCAGCUAAAGGUGAAGAUGUAAGUUCUGUUUUUCACAAUCAUUCGAGGUUUCCGAUUUGCAGCUGUCACUUUAUGUUUCUGUGUUGGUAAUAUCUUUGCGUAUCUGUCAUUGAACUCUUUGGCUUGCUAUGUUUACAAUUGGAAGUCUAAAUCAUAAUAUUAUGAUCCUAUUACGUAGAUUAAUAUUUUGGAAUGAAUCCGUAUAUAUAAUUGGCUGAAAAUGGGAUCUGUCCCGCCGCAAAAUGGAAUCACUGACACUGGGAUCUCACAGGCUCGUCCAUCUAGAUUUUAAGGGAGCACCUCCGAAAGUGACAUAUUUGGAACAGUUGUUCCCGUUAUUCCGUGAAUGGGGCGCCACAGGUAUUUUAAUAGAAUGGGAAGAUACUUUCCCAUAUGUCCGAGACCUUAUAUCAAUAGGUUCUAAAGGACCCUUGUCACAAUCAGGAGCAUACACCGUUGAAGAAGCAAGGCUUUUACUUCAUCUUGCUGGUGAUGCUGGGCUUGCUGUUGUACCACUGGUUCAGACAUUCGGUCAUCUUGAGUUUGUUUUAAAACACAAAGAAUGGGUAUCUCUGCGGGAAGUGGCAGCUUACCCAAGCUCAAUGUGUCCAUCUCAUCCAGGAGCACUGAAACUUGUUACAUCUUUGAUUAAACAAAUUGUUGAAUUUCACCCUGACAUUCAGUACAUACAUAUUGGUGCUGAUGAGGUUUGGCACCUAGGCAUAUGUCCAACAUGCAUUCGAAGAAUAGAAACAAGUAAACAUGGAAAAGCACAGUUAUUCCUGGAACACAUUCUGGGAGUUGCCCAGUUUGUUCGAGAUACCUACCCCACAUUACGUGUCAUAAUGUGGGAUGACAUGCUUCGUAGUAUUGAUUCUUCUGUUAUGAAUGAAUACAAUCUUGGAAAAUUUGUGGAGCCAAUGGUAUGGCAUUAUCUUCCAGCUGAAGCUUUUCAGCUUUCAGCAGAUAUGUGGGAAAGAUACGCAAGUGUCUUCAACACCUUAUGGGUAGCAACAGCUUUCAAAGGAGCAACAGGUAGCUCACAAAAUCUGCCAGUAAUACAGCACCAUAUCAGCAAUCACGAACAGUGGCUUACUGUGCUCAGCCAGAUUGUCAACAAAUUUCCCAACUUUCGUGGUGUUGCUCUCACGGGCUGGUCUAGGUAUGAUCACUAUGCGAUAAUGUGUGAACUGUUGGCAACCUCUCUACCAAGUCUUGCUGUGUGUCUGAGAAUCUGGAUGUCAGGCACUUACAGCAGUGAUAUACAUACAACUGUAGCCAAAGCUCUUGGCUACUAUGACACACCACUUUUCCUCAACCCUUAUCCAAGACCGCAACCAGUACCACAACAAUUGUCAUUCCCUGGAUGGAAGGUUCGUGUUGGCGUUGAGUGGUUCAUGAACCUUCGUGUCAAGUACCGGAACAUUGUUGAUAGUGAACAAGUUGAAACCUGGCUAAACCCAUGGCAGAUCCAGCAUGGACUCACCAAUCCAAUGCAGAUUGAAAGUCUUAUUCCAGCUUUUACAGAUCUGAUGUUUGAACUGACAUCUCUUGAGAGCUACUUACGUGCACACUUAGAAGACAUACUGCAUACAGCAACAGUGGAUGAAUGGAUUGGAACAAAUGUUGAGCCUUUAAAGGUUAGGCUCAGGCAACUGAAAAAAGACGCAGAAGCACAAAUGCCAAUGAGAAUACCAAUGCAGAGUUUUCCAGAUGUAAUUUGAAAUUGUGAUGUCAAGACUAUAUGUUUAAAUAGAAAAACCAUUGGGGUGUUUCAUGAAAUGUAGCAUUCUCUGUGGCAUUGACUUAUUAAGUACUUUGUGCUAUAAAAAAAGCCAGGCAGAUAAUUUUGCCAUGUUAUAGAAUGUUUAUAGCUCCCAUUUGACUCUUUUUGAGUUAAAAGACUGAAUGAUGUGAUAUGUGAAGUAAACAAGUUGUUCACACACUGCCUCAUUUUUCCAUUAAUGAAGCUGUAAAAUAUUUUGUAUAUAUAUGAUUUUAACUCUUGUUAGUAAUUUUAAUGUGCUCUAGUCACCUAUCACUGUAAAUAUUUCUCCAAUAAAAAAUGUAAGAGCUAUUUGCAGAGUUCAUAGUUUGUUCAGUUUGAAAUAGUACCACUUUUAGACAGA